AAAAUAAUGACUAAUAUACUUAUAAAUGUAAAUAAUCAAUGUUUUAUUAGGUUUGACAGAUUAAACGAAAAUCGAUUUAUGACGAAAUUAUUUUUAAAACGUCGAUCAUAUUUUCCAAACUUCACGAAGUUGAUUCGUCGACGAAUUACGUUGAUAUAGGUUUGUAAAAUAUUCAAUUGAAAUACUUAGAAAUAAUUAAUUCAUUUUAAAUGUGGAAAUCCAUUAACCGGCGCCAUCUUCAGAAUCGAAUAUCACUGUUUUCACACAAUAAGAUAAGAAAGAGUCAGCAGACUUCUCUUACGUCUAAUCGGACAGUCACUCUAUUUAAAGUAUCUUUCUCAACGAUUAUGGCUAAUGAUCAGGAUGACAUCGCGAGAUAUUUUGAAUUUGCGAAAAAUUUAACUUUAGAAGCUGGAAAGGUACGCCAAUGAAAAUACAAAAAGAAAAAAAAAAGAAAAAAUACAAAGAAAAUUCGAUAGAAAUAUUACACUGACGUUCGUUGUUUGUGUUCUUAGUUUAUUAAAAAUGUCGACAAAUUGGAAAAAAUUGUAAAAUCAAAAACAAUCGAGACAGAUUUAGUUACAAACUUUGAUCAUAAAAUCGAAGAAUUUUUGUUUAAAGCACUUAUCGAGGAAUUUCCUGAUCAUAAGUGAGUAAAACAACAUUAAUGAUAAUAAUAGUAAUAUAAUCAAGAGAGUAAUUUAAUGCGAAAGAAUGUUUUAUCAAAGACAUAUAAACGAUAACACAGAUUCAUCGGGGAAGAAAAAACCAGCCAGUCGAAGAAGCUUUCAGAAUUAACUGACGCACCAACAUGGAUAAUCGAUCCGAUCGAUGGAACAGUCAAUUUCGUACAUUCUUUCCCACAAUUCUGCAUUUCUGUAGGUUUAUCUAUUUGUAAGGAAAUAGUCUUAGGAAUCAUUUAUAAUCCAAUCAAUUGUGAACUGUAUACGGCAAAAAAGGGUCAAGGUGCGUUCCUAAAUGGGGAACCUAUUCAAGUUUCCAAUGUAACAGAAUUGAAAAAAACAUUGUUGGCUUUUGAAGUUGGAAGUAUCAGAAUGUACGAUCAAAAAGACAUAGCUGUGGGUAGAUUCUUGGCUUUAUUCGAUGCAUGCCAAGCUAUCAGAAAUAUAGGCUCAGCUGCUUUAUCGUUAGCUUAUGUGGCUAAAGGCGUAAUAGAUUGCUUUCAAAUGGAUGGUCUUCAACCUUGGGACGUAGCAGCAGGAAUGUUAAUAGUCACUGAAGCUGGUGGUACUUUAUUGGAUUCGAAAGGUGGACCUUUCAAUCUAAUGAAACCAAACACCGUUGCCGCGUGUAAAAGCCAAUUGGCUUGCGAAGUAACGAAACUGAUAGUUGACACGGACUUGAAGACACGAAGAAAAAGACUUCAACAUAUGAAGCAUUAAUUAAAGUUUACUUCAAAUAUAACUAUUGUAUCAUUUUUAAAUAAUAUAACUGUGUGUUAAUAAAAUACUUUUAUUUCUAAACGUGAUAAUAUUAAGUUUGACUAAUUUCAUUAAAUCUAUUGAAAGUAUAACA